UUUGACUCCUAAGUUUCUCUUCUGCGUUGCCGCUAACAUUGUUUGGGUCUCCGUCGCUGGAAUAGUUGCAACCAUGGCGGCGACGAAAGUUCUUUCGCAGAGGGAGCAGGACAUCCAGAUGAUGCUCGCGGCCGACGUCCACCUCGGAACCAAAAAUUGCGACUUCCAGAUGGAGCGAUACGUUUACAAGAGAAGAACUGAUGGUAUUUUCAUUAUCAAUCUCGGUAAAACUUGGGAAAAGCUUCAACUUGCUGCUAGAGUGAUUGUGGCAAUUGAGAACCCACAAGAUAUCAUUGUUCAGUCCGCCAGGCCCUACGGUCAGACAGCUGUACUGAAAUUUGCCCAAUAUACUGGAGCUCAUCCUAUUGCGGGGAGACACACUCCGGGAACAUUUACAAAUCAACUUCAGACAUCUUUUAGUGAACCCCGCCUUCUCAUUCUUACUGAUCCGAGGACAGAUCACCAGCCAAUCAAGGAAUCUGCACUGGGCAACAUCCCUACUAUUGCUUUUUGUGAUACAGAUUCACCAAUGAGAUAUGUUGACAUUGGUAUUCCUGCUAAUAACAAAGGGAAACUAAGCAUUGGCUGCCUCUACUGGUUGCUGGCAAGAAUGGUUCUACAAAUGCGUGGGACUAUUGCCCAUGGGAGGAAGUGGGAAGUAAUGGUAGAUCUAUUUUUCUACAGGGACCCUGAGGAGGCCAAGGAGCAGGAAGAAGUUGAAGCUCCUGUGGCACCUGAAUUUGGUGCAGUAGCUGAGUACACUGGAAUGGUACCUACUGAUCAAUGGCCUACCCAGCAAUGGGCACCUGAGAUUGCAGCUGCCACUGCUGUUCCGUCGGUACCUGGGGUUGAGUGGACAGCAAAUCAAGGUGCUGUGGUCGCUGAUGGGUGGGAUUCAGCGGCAGCCCCUGCAGUUGAAGUUCCAUCAGCAGCGCCCCCUGCAGUUUGGGAGCCUGCUCAAAUUGCACCCUCAGGAUGGGAGUGAACUCAGUUUGCUGUGAUAAUCAAUUAUUAUAGACUUUUUUAAUCUUAGUUUCUUGGCCAAAUCCGUAUUGUGCGACUGUUAAUGGAUAUCAAGGCCAAGAUUUUUUUAGGGUUAUGAUAGUUUUUGUUCUUUGCUGAGUGUUUUGGUUUAUCUAGGAGCAUAUAUUUGCUAAUCAACCAUGUUGAAUUGGCGUUAUCGGAGUGAUUUAAUUAUAGUAUGCAUCCAUGGUUGGAAUA